AUGCCUCCAAAUCUUCCGAACGAGGUCUGGAGUAAGAUCUUCAGCCAUCUCCUGACUGAGCAUGAGAAGCACCGCCUCGAAAUUCAUCACUUUGGCGAUAUCACAAACGCCCGCCUAGUGUGUCGUCUUUGGAAUGACCUAGCCACGAAGCAACUUUUCCGAACCCUGUCACUAGGCACCGACGUAGAUACUGCGUUGCAUUUGUUCGACUCUUGGCAUAGAUUUGUGAGCUCAAAGCUAGUUGCAAAUGCUGCUCGUCGCGUGGCAAUCUUUUCUGCCACAGAGGAGGUGGACGGUUCAUGUUAUAAAGGAAACUGGCCUCCUGAGUGGGAGGCAAAUGGUGAAUGGCGCGCUUUCGAAUCCGCCAUCGACAGAAUCUGCGAUAUGCCCAACCUCGACACUAUUGAGGUCCGCUUCACUUCAUGCUGCGCCGGGAAAGAUGCGCGUCUACUGCCUCUGGACGAGGAAGAGGAAAUUGUUGGUCCCGAACUAGCCACUACUCGUUUCCAAACGCUCAGAGCCGUUCUUCGAGCCAUAGAAACACGAGCUGAACGCCCCGACACGACAGUCAUUCGCGAAUUGGUUUUGGACAAUCUACAAAACAUGCCGCUGCCCAGCACUAUCGCACCCAAUCUUUUCUGCGAUAUUCAACGACUACAAAUCAAGAUUCUCUCUGAAAACUACGGAUACAUGCAUCCUGAUGCGGAAAGACCUGAUCUGAUUCAUCGGGAAGAACUGAGACAAUUCCCCAGUUAUCUACAAAACAAGCUUCUGCCGUCGAUUGCAGACCAGCUUGUCAAAUUGACAAUCUCUGGUGAACACUGGGGUAGUAUACCUGGAGAGUUCAACGGAAAGGGGCUGUCGUUCCCAAAGCUGAAAACUUUGACAUUGGACGGUUAUGACAUCUUACGCAAGGAUCAAUUUCAGUGGGUUCUGGAACAACAAUCUCUCACGGCUCUACAUCUACACAACUGCACCAUCGCUACCCACUGUCAUGCCCAACAACCAGAGUUUGCCCUCUGGAAUGUUAACUUACACGGUUGGUCGAAGGUCAAUGCUUACAGGCUUGGACCAGCUUUCGUUGGCUGGUAUGAAAGCAGCCUGAGAUGGGACACUGUAUUCCACAGUAUCUGCGAAAGCCUUCCCCUGUUGAAGCGCUUUAGCUUUGACAGGAAGCCCUGGGUAGUGUAUUUCAGACACGACACAUCUCCGUUCCCUGGGCAAAUGGAGUUGCGGUAUCUCGCCUUUUCCGGGCGCUGGUUUGAGCCGCCACGCCUUUAUUAUCAUGAAAGGAGUGAGCUGCAGGAGAGUAUGCCACGCUUGGUAGACGAGUCACUGGCAAAGGCUGAAAAGCCAGAUAGCCAAGCGUUGGAGAAGUUACUCCAAACUGUUGAGGACCGACGAAACGAGCGACAUGUACUUUGA